CAUGGACAGCAAAUACCGCCGAGACGGGAGGCUGAUAGACAUCGUGGACAACGAAUGGCGCUUGGAACAACUCCCGCACGAGGACAUUGAGGUCCCGCUCGAGGAGCUACCUGACCCGGAGGCUGACAGUGCCGACUCGCACUUGACGCUCAAGGAGCAGAGCUUGCGCUGGCAGGAAAACUUCCCCGAACCUUGCAGUAAUCAGAACUAAGAACACAUCAACAUUAGAGACCAGCUACCAAAAUAUCUCAAUGCACAAGUAAAGCUGCUCACAACACGGUGCAUCAUCAUAGAAACUGAAAAGAUAUCAAAAAAGACGCAAGGUGCAUUGACUAUA